AUGGGGCGUGCAGUUGGAAUUGACUUGGGUACCACCUACUCUCGCAUAGGACUGAUUCGCAAUAAUCGGUUUGAAAUCAUUGUAAAUGACCAGGGAAGCCGUAUCACCCCUUCAUUGGUAGCCUUCAAGGACAGUCAGCGCCUGAUUGGGGACGCUACAAGCAGCCUACUUCCGAUGAACGCGCAGAACACCGUUUUCAAUGCCAAGCGUCUCAUCGGCCGACGCUUUCACGACCCCGAGAUCCAGGCUGAUAUGCAGCACUGGCCUUUCAAGGUUAUCGACCAAGACUCGAUGCCCGUUGUGGAGGUCAGCUUCAAAGGUACGACUAGGCAUUUCACGCCCGAAGAGAUAUCGUCCAUGAUUCUUGCCAAGCUUCGUGAUGCCGCGGAGGCUUAUCUGGGUGAAUCUGUCACCGACGCCGUGGUAACAGUCCCUGCGUCUUUCAGCAACUCCCAGCGGCAGGCCACCAAAGACGCCGGGCUCAUUGCUGGUCUCAAUAUCCUCCGAAUCUUGAACGAGCCCACUGCCGCAGCGGUCGCCUAUGGCCUCAACAAAAAGAUACCUGAGGAGCACCACAUUCUUGUUUUCGAUAUGGGCGGUGGAACUUUCGACGUGUCGCUCUUAGCGAUCGAAGACGGGAUCUUUGCGGUCCAAGCUACCGCUGGUGAUACUCACCUUGGUGGCGAGGACUUUGACACUUGCCUCGUCAAUCACUUUGCCAGCGAGUUCCAGCGUCAGCACAACAGAGAUCUGACUACCGAUUCCCAAGCCCUCCAGCGCCUCCGCAUGGCCUGUGAGCGCGCCAAGCGGACGCUGUCAUCGACCACCCAAGCAGCCAUCGAGAUCGACUCCCUUCUCGACGGGAUUGAUUUCAACACCUUUCUCACCCGCAAGCAUUUUGAGACUCUCUGCCAUGGCCUCUUCCGCCGUGCCAUGAAGCUUGUCGAGCAGGUCCUCCGGGAUGCAAAGACUGACAAGCAAUUCGUCCAUGAGAUUGUUCUGGUCGGCGGCUGCACGCGAAUCCCCAAGAUACAGGCGCUCAUUUCCGACUUCUUCUGCCAAAAAGAGGCAGACCAAUCGGUGAACUCCGAUGAGGCCGUCACACAUGGUGCCGCUGUCCAGGCUGCUAUUCUGUCCGGCGAUUCCUCCUUUAAAUCCACCCAAAGCAUUCUACUUCUUGAGGUGGCUCCAUUUCCCCUCUGGAUUAAAACAGCGGACUGUGAUAAGUCGCUGAUCAAGCGUAACACUACCAUUCCCACUUCAAAAUCCGGGACUUUCUCGAUUUUCUCCGGCAUCCACCCCACUAUCUUGAUACAGGUUUUCGAGGGCGAGCAAUCCAGUAUCAAGAACAGCAGAUUGCUAGGCAACUUCAAACUCUGUAGAGAGACCAAAGCUCCAUUUGGUGGAGCCCAGAUUGGAGUCACGUUUACCAUGGAUGCCAACGGUAUUAUGAACGUUUCUGCAAUCGAGAAAGGACCCGAUAAGCCCUGUCGGGUCACGGUAUCUUACGACAAAGGCCGUCUCAAUGAGAUGGAGAUUGAGCAUAUGCUUCUAGAGGCUAAAAAGUAUCAGGAGGAUGACGAGGCUGAGAUUGCCCGUCUCCAAGCCAUGCGUAACCUUGAAUCCCACUCCUAUGCUCUUAACAGCGCUAUCACGGAGGGCAAGUCACCAUUGUCCAAUGAACAAAAGAACAAAUUUCAGGCCAAGAUCUUCGCGAUCAUGAGUUGGCUCAGUACAAACCAGAGUGCUGGACGAGAUACGUUGGCAUUGAUGCAAAAGGAAUUACAAGAUAUGGUCAUUGAGUCGAAUAUUCCUGUCUCGAAAAAGGUAGAGUAA